GUUGUUUGUAAACAGGAAGUGCAAAGCGAAUGUGCAGCUCGUGGUGUCCUAGCUUUUAGCGGCGUUUUAAUGAAGAGUCAGAAACUGUACAAACCUUUGACUCACCGGUCCGCCGUUAGUCAACAUGUGCAGCAGCUUUAACACUCCGGUUUACGGUCACGCUGGACGAGCAGAGUUCCGGGAUGUUUACGAGCCGGCGGAGGACUCGUUCCUACUGAUAGACGCUCUGGAGAAAGAUGCGGACAGACUGAAGCUGCUCAGCCCGGAGGUGUGUGUGGAGGUGGGCAGCGGCUCUGGAGUGGUGUCCGCUUUCCUGGCAUCAGUGGUUGGACCUUCAGCUCUGUACAUAUGCACUGAUGUGAAUCCCGCAGCAGCUGGAUGCACAGCAAAGACAGCUUCAUGUAACGGUGUUUACCUGCAGCCCAUCAUCACUGACCUGGUUCAGUGUCUUCUGCCUCAGCUGUGUGGGAAAGUGGACGUCCUCCUCUUCAACCCUCCCUACGUGGUGACACCUUCAGAGGAGGUCGGCAGCACCGGCAUAGAAGCUUCCUGGGCUGGAGGGCAUCGAGGCCGAGAGGUGACAGACAGAUUCCUUCCCAUUGUGGCACAGCUGCUGUCCAGUAAAGGCCUGUUUUACCUCAUUACCAUCGCUGAAAACGAUCCAGAGGAGAUCAUCCGAUUACUGGGUCAAUGUGGCUUGAAGGGAGAAUCAUGUUUGUCUACAAGAGCUGGAAACGAGCGGUUGUCUGUCCUGCGCUUCCAUAGGAGCCAACAAAUAUGAACUACAAGAAGUUUCUGGACAGUUUCAGGAUGUUUCUGUUGCCUUGUUGGACAGAAUCCUGCAAGAACAGAUGACAAGCGUCUCUCUUGAUGAAUAAAACAAACGCCACAUGAAAUGAUUCCUUGCAUUCACCCAGACCAGUUUAAUAAUGCAGACAUUCAGCAUAAUCAUACUUAGACUAACGUCAUUUCAGUGCAAAUCUAACAUUUUCAUUUGGAAUGUAUAAUUCGUUUUUUUCACAGGAAGCUGAAAUGUCACUAUCUAUGGUUUACAAGCUCAAACGACAUGACACUUUGUAAAAAAGGACAUCUGAGGGUAGUGAAAUGGUAAAAAGUUGACCUUAGCUGAUGCUUUUAAAAACAGUAAAUGUGUUUUCUACUCAUCA